AAAAAGCAAUUCAAAUUCAGCAUUCGGGCAGUCGACCGACCAUCCACUCGGUUGGGUUUUCUUUUCAGUUUUAAAGUGUGUUCCGAUCAGAUCUACCAGUUAACCAUGAACACAUUGGUGCCGGUUGUUCUCGCUUUGUGGGCCGCUACGUCUCUUUCUUACCCGACGGAUCUGAUACAAAAUGUUAAUCCGGAAGAGUCCGCCAUCAAUGCGACUAGCGACGACGAAUUGAGCUGGUACAAGCCGGUUGCCGUCAUCCUAAAACCCGCCACGCAAAGAGACUUUCAAGAGCUCCUUGAAUCCGACAGAAUGGACGAAUUACUUAACCCGUCGUUCAGCAGGCCAGCAUUUCACCAGCAGUGGCGUUCAUCUUAUUGGCCAUCCCCAGCCCAAGACUCUUGGGAGUUUGACCCAGAAGAACUUCCUCCUUAUUACCAAGGCAGACAUUACGAACGUCCAGACAGGUUAAGGGAUGCGUACAACAGGUUCGAUUUACCUGACCAUCUACAGAGCAACUUGUUGUCUCUGGCGAGAAUGGGUCUGGUGGCUAUUCCGACCAAGGAAAUCGGCGGUCGUAAAAAUGACGCAACCGAAGACUUGAACGUCCAAUCGCGAAGAGGACAGCAUCGUGAAAAACCUGGACAAAUCUAUUACGGGUAUCCUAAGCCUGGAAAGAAGGACAAAGUGCCAGCGGCUUGGAUGUAUGAUCUAAUCGGUCCUCCGGGUCCGCCCGGCCCCAUCGGGCCGCAAGGCAAAGACGGACUGAAUGGCAUUAACGGAAUCAACGGCGUCGACGGGAAAGACGGCACGGACGGAGCGCAGGGUCCAAUCGGUCAAACGGGACCGCAAGGGCCGAUUGGGCCACCGGGAGUCAAUGGCGUUAAUGGUGCCCAGGGAACACAGGGAGCUACCGGAACGCCGGGUGCCCAAGGCGUCCAGGGAAUUCAAGGAGCUGUUGGGCCACAAGGCAUUCAAGGUCCCAAAGGCGAUGCAGGAGAGGGAGGAAAAGAUGGAACGAAUGGAGUCAAUGGAAAGGACGGGACUCCUGGCACUGCUGGGUCGGCAGGCCCUCCAGGGACUCCCGGACAAAACGGACAGGAUGGAAGAGAUGGAGUGAUUGGCCCAUCCGGCCCACCCGGUCCUGCCGGUACGCCUGGACAAAACGGAAAGGAUGGAGUCGAUGGCAAAGAUGGGCAGGACGGUACGCCUGGACUUCCUGGACCCGCAGGUCCUCCGGGUAAGGACGGUCAAGACGGAACUCCAGGAACAUUCGGCCAAGCUGGGCAAGACGGGCAAGAUGGAACAGGCGGUGCGGCUGGGCCAGGAGGAGUUGCGGGAGCGCCGGGCGCAGCUGGAGCGGCUGGAUCUUCUGGCGCCGGUGGACCAGCUGGAACGCCUGGAGUUCCCGGAACGCCGGGAGCUGCUGGGGCAGCCGGAGUACCGGGAGUACCUGGAGCAACGGGAAGAUAAAUUGUCGGAAGAUUUUUAUUCAAAUAAAAAAUUCAACAACUUAUUUCAGUUAAUAAUUUCGCGCAUUUAAAGAAAAUGUCGAUUUGUUUUAUUCGGUUACGGGCGAUGUUGGGAGAUGAUAAUUUUACGGGGGGCAGUGUCAAUUUGAUGUUUUCAUUAUAUAUGUUCUAUGAUCUAUUCCAACCAUGUAAUACAAAUUGAAAUUCA